AUGCUCCCRUUCAACCUGACCACUUUUACACCAGCCACAUUCAUCCUGGCUGGGAUCCCAGGCAUGGAGCAGCUGCAUGUCUGGCUCUCGAUCCCGUUCUGCUCCAUGUACCUGGCAGUCCUGCUGGGAAACGGCGUCCUGCUGUUCGUGGUGUGGACGGAGCGCAGCCUGCACCAGCCCAUGUACCUCUGCCUGUACGUGCUGGCCAUCGCUGACCUCGCACUGUCCACCAUGGUGGUGCCCAAGAUGCUGGCUCUGUUCUGGUUCUGUGCCAGGGAGGUUUCCUUAGGUGCCUGCCUGACCCAGAUGUUCUUCCCUCACUUCACCUGCUCGGCGGAGUCGGUGAUCCUGCUGGCCAUGGCCUUYGACCGCUUUGUYGYCAUSUGCUUCCCCCUGCRGUGCGGGUCAGUGCUGACCCUGUCAGCUGUGGCCAAAGCAAGGCUGGUGGCUUUGCUGAGGAGUUGCUGCAUCAUUUUCCCCUGCAUUUUCGUCCUGAGGCAGCUGCUGUUCUGCGGGCACAGCUGCUGUGAGCACAYGGCCAUCRCCYGCCUGGCCUGCGCCGACAUCUCCAUCAGCUUCUGGAACGGGCCGUCUGUGCCCUUCACCGUGGUCUUGCUGGACCUGAUCCUCAUCGUUGUCUCCUACAGCUUCAUCCUUCUGGCCCUCUUCAGGCUCCCCUCCGGGGCUGUCUGCCACAAGGCUUUCCACCCAUGCAGCUCCCACGUCUGCAUGUUGUUCCUGUUCUACACCCCCGCUGCUUUCACAGCUCUAACUCUCCGCUUUGGUGGGAGCAUCCCCUGUGAGGUGCACAUCCUGCUGAUUAACCUGUACAUGCUGCUCCCGCCGCUGCUGAACCCCAUCAUGUACGGGGCGAGGACGCAGCAGAUCAGGGACAAGGUUGGCAAGGUGUUUGUCUGCCCCAAGAGCCAAACGAAGAGUGAAAAUGAUGGACACCUAAGGGACUCCCAGCCCCUGCCCUAARUGCUCUUUCAGCUCUUUCAGGCAACAUCUGCAAAUCUUCUGCUACCCCAGCCAAAUACAGAACACCCAAUAUCCUCACAUCGCUGUCCCCAAGUUUGUGGAAAAUGCAAGAUAAAGGCAAAAAUCAAGAUCUCUGAUUGGCAAUGGAAGGAGAGUGAUUAAAGAAAUGAGAACCUACCCCAGGUAUGUCAGCUUUGGGAAAUCCCAAAAUCCCAGAUUCACAGAGUAGCUGGGGUGGAAAGGGACCUCCAGAGUUCAACUCAUCCAACCCUCCCACUCCAGCAGGUUCAGCCAGAACAGGUCACACAGGAUCACAUCCAGGUGGGCUUUGAACACCUCCAGAGAAGRAGACUCACAGCCUCUCUGGGCAGCUGU